AUGAAGUACAACAGCGCGAUUCUAGUUCUCGCCUGCUCAACCCUGAUUUCUGCUGGAACAUCCACUAUCUCUGGUGCCGAAGCUGUCUGUGGAGAUCCUGGAAUCCUUCAGGUCACUCCCGGAAAUCUCCCUGAUGGCGUAGAUUCCUCAGAUCUUCGCCUCUGCGCCGCUCAUCCACUCGGCCGCAACCGUACCCUUGAUCCCGCCAAGGGUGCCUCACUAACGCCCCUAGAGGAAGGCGAUAUCCCCAAUACAACCCCAACGGGUACUUCCAGGCUCUUCCAAAAGAGACGUUGCUAUUACGGGGCACCAUACGGCUGUUCAGACAAGUACUGCUGGAAGAGCUACGGUGCGAAGGGGAGCGGCUAA